AUAGCAAUGACCUAGAGCGUGGGUUUUAAAGUAUAGGAGAUGACUGCAUCGGAUGAUGGUAGUGUUAACCGCGAGAAGACAUGUCCGUUGUUAUUGAGAAUGUUUUGUAGCACAAAGAAGCACAACAAUGUUAUGGAAUACUCAAGAGGCAAAACCCCACUGAAUGAACUUCAGGUGUAUACAUGGCUUGAUGCAACACUAAGGGAACUGGCUUCACUCGUUAAACAAGUCAAUCCAGAAUCCCGAAGACGAGGAACCUUAUUUGAUUUUGCUCUAGUUUUUCCAGAUCAUCGUUCACCAACGUAUAGAAUGCGUGAAUUGGGUACAGUUUGUUCUGGUUCUCCAUCGGAUACUGAUCGUAUCAUGUUGAAGGAUGUUCAAUUUACAAUUGGAGAUAUGAUUGAUGUGGCUAUAUGUCCUCCGUUAACUGAUAUAAACAAUCCGUAUACUAAGGAUACGCCUUUAUUAUUGGAGUCUAAUCGACGACUUUUAAAACAGAAUCCUAUCAACAUUAAAAAUCGUCGUCCAGAUGAACAAUAUCGUGAGUACUCCAACAAUAAUAAGAAUAACAAUAGUGGUAAUCAUCUUGAACAAAUGGAUUCUAAAUAUCGUCGAUACAUGACCAAUGCCAAUGUUACAUCAAAAGUUCGAGAUAAUACAAUAAUGAGUAAGGAUAAAAAUGAAUUUGUUGGUAAAGAGUUAAAAGAUAAGAAACCAUAUGAUAGGUCAUCCGGUGAAGAACGUUAUAGUUAUAAAAUAAAUGGACGUCGAGUUGUGCCAUAUUAGUUUACUGUUAUUUAAGAAACAUGUUUUGCAUUUGUCUUGAUAAAUUAUCCUCUUAUUGUAAAGUGUAUAAUCAGUGUGUGUGUGUGUGUAUUGUUGUAAAUUCAUUCUGUCACAAUUCGAUCUCUGUUUAUAUAUGCAUACUGUUCUUUCCUCUUUCUCUGUCGAUAG